AUUGCUACGGUAAAUACCAGUGCUGUUCAGCUGUCUGCAUUGCCAGCGUCGUCAAACCUUCCUAAAGUUGGAGACUCUGUCCUCGCCAUGUGGGAGGUCAGUAUGUGGCAGUACUUCACCGCGACAAUAGUAAACUUCAACGCCCGUACCCUGAAGUUUGAAAUCAUCUGGGAUGACCAGGAUCCGUCUGGUCGUAUUAUCGAUUAUUAUAACCUCGCUUUAGACAGGGUUCCGGAUGAUGAUGAAGUGGCUGUGGGGUCCAUUGUACUGUUUCCUCAGGGUGAGUACAGGGGAGAAGAAGGCGUGAGGCUUGGAGGACAGAGAUGGCAUCAGGGAAAGAUAACUUUCGUCUCUAAAGGCGAAAAUGGCGAAAAACUGUACAGCGGUCAACACACCAAAGGUAAAGAAGACGGCAAAUGGGUCACCUUUAGAGGAUAUGAGCCAGAAUUCUACAGCCUGACAAGAAAUCAGUUAAGAAUUGCUCCCAACGUGCUUGACUUGCUGUCAGCAGAAGCAUCAAACGAUGAAGAAUCAGUACAUGACACCAAUGAAGAUGCUGCUGAUUCUUGCGAUGUCUUUAUUUCUUAUUCAAAGUUGAACAGCUUGGACGCAGUACGUAAUAAUGAGGUAGGAAAUCAAGAUCUGCCGCCAAGCUACAAUGAAGCACUCGCAGCCAUGUGCGACCCACAUGACAUUAGGAACCAGUUGCAGCAGAAUGGCUUACUUGUUGGUCAAGAACCAUCCGGGGACCUGAUGAAGACUGUCAAAAUGAUUCAUAACGCCAAGGUGGUGAUAGCAUUCUUGAGCGACGAGUACGCCAAUGAUGAGAUAUGUCGUCAGGAGUUCCAGUACGCGAAGAAGACAGCCAAGAAAUCGGUCAUUCCUGUAGUCAUUGGUGAAUCAUUUGAAUGGAUGAUGAGUGUUGUUGGAUUACUCAUCGCUGGUGAGUUGUACAUUCACUUUAAAGACAAAACUGUACAGGAAAUGAAGAUGCAGGAGUUACUCAAGGCAGUUGGUAAAAGUGUGCCGACUGGAGCUGAUACAACAGACGCAGCGGUUACAAGUGUUCCCAAGAAACUUCCAACUCCAGAUGUAUUUGUGAGCUACUGCUGGUCAAAUUCCAACAAAGCUCUUCAGUCACAUCAAAUUCCAAAACUCGUAGGAAGUCAGUUUGCAGAUGCAAGAAGAAUCAAAGAGGAUCUCUCAAAAAGCGGUGAUCUCGUUUUAUGGCUUGAUAUUGAACGACUCCAGACAACUAACCAAUCGGCCGAGUCUAUGAGCAUGUUCCAGCAAAUAGCCUCAGGUUUGAAUACAGCCAAAGUGGUGAUUGUUUGUGUAAGUGCUGAAUAUGCUAAAAGUGACAACUGCAGAUCAGAGUUCCAGUUUGCCUUAAAAUCACUCAAGAAGCCCAUCAUUCCAGUUGUAGUGGGAGAAGGUUCCGACUGGCGAGACACCGUAAUAGGCUUGUUGGUGUCCAGUCAAGAGACAGAAAUAAUCGAUAUGCAAUCUGUGACAACUGAAGAAAACUACCGUAACGCCCUGGAAAAAAUCGAGAAAAAUGUGAAGGCAAUUCUUGGAACUAAAAACAAAACGAAAGAAAAAAAGGACUUCCGCGCACCAAUGCCAGGAGAUCACGUGAUAUGCCACCACCAUAAAUGGGCGUUCUACUACGCUACUAUUGAAAGUUUCAACGCAGAAACUCUGGAGUACACAGUCAACUGGGACGAUAACGACCCAUCAGGAAGACACGAGACCUACAAGAAUGUGGCCAUCGACACCAUUCCUUCGCCCGAUCAAAUCGGUGUGGAUUCCAUCGUCUUCUUCCCUCAAGGUUCUUACGGGGCUACGUUAGGGAACAACACUGGCGGUGGUAGGUUCCACCAGGGAAGAAUUACGAACAUCCAUAAGGACGCUUUUGGUGUAACACUUUAUGAUGGCCACCACACAAAAGGAGAUGAUGACGGCAAAUGGGUCACGUACAAGGACUACAAUUACUAUUUUACCAACCUAAAGAUAGAUCAACUCAGAAUUGCACCCAACGCCAUGGAUGCUCUAAUGGCGUGUAAACAAGCAUUCUCCCUAGACGACUGAAGAAUGGAUGCCACAAUAUAAGCUAUCGAUAAGAGUCUGGUCAUGUGUAACAUUUUUGGUUUAGUCUUUCUUAUAAAUAAAGUCAUGUGGUUAACAA